GCUCUGAAAAGCGGUGAUUGGCCCUAUACAGAAAAGGAUAUGAAUCGUCUUGAUAGCAGCGACGACGCUCGAUUCUACGACAACCCUAGAUUCGUUACGCACAUUGACGAUCGAGCUAUCGCAUCUUUGACUGCAUUUUACCAGGACGGGUUCGAAAGUCUUUUAGCGAAAGAAAUACCGGAGAAACGACUAGAUAUUCUUGAUUUGUGUAGUAGCUGGAUUUCUCAUUUGCCUGGCGAACACGAAAGUGAAGUGCGAUAUGGGAGGGUUGCCGGUGUAGGCAUGAAUAGGGAGGAACUUGAACGGAAUGGCCAGCUAACGGAAUACUACGUUCAGGAUCUGAACAAACAUUCAACAUUGUCACAAUUCAAAGACUGCUCUUUCGACGUUAUUGCCAAUGUUGUGUCAGUGGACUACUUGACAAACCCCAAACUUGUUUUCGAAGAGAUGCACCGUCUACUACGACCGGGAGGAAUUGCUCUUGUUUCUUUCUCGAAUCGCUGUUUUGCCACCAAGGCAGUUGCUUUGUGGUUGCAAGCUGAUGACAUUGAUCGGUUGACAAUAGUGGCAAGCUAUUUUCACUACGCGGCAUCUUGGUCUUCGCUGGAGGCUAUCGACAUCAUUCCG